UUGAAAUGUUGACGUCCGUCAUAUAAUUUACUUUUUAUUUGGUUAUGCUAUAUUUACAUAUUAAUGCUAAUUGCAAACGUACAAUGGCUAGGAGUGUUUGUAACGUGUUUGUCUCUAGUCAGUAUGUGCCAGCUUCUGUUUACCUUCUUUUUGUCCGUUAUCCUCUCAGAUGUUAUUACCCUUGUUGGAUGCCACUAUUCUACAGGAGUAGGUUUAAUAGCAGGAUUCAUCACCUUCCCAACAUCAAUACGUAUGAAAACUUCGCACUUCUCUCCUAAUAUGAGCAAGAUCUAUGGUUAUACGUUUUGUUUUCAACGUCUUGCAAUGAUUGUUUGUGGAACAUUACAUUUGUCUGCCACUUUAGUUGCGAUUAUAAUGGUUGUUUUAAUUUUGAAACACAGAAGCAACAUAGGAAACGAUUUCGUUAAGUUGAUGAAAAGUUAUCAUGAGAAAUUAUUCUCCAAAGUGUUGGUCGAUAACGUUCAGUUUGCUCUACAAUGUUGCGGAGCAACAUCAAGUAGAGACUGGUAUCCAAAUCGGGAUAAUGAUUACUUCCAAGAUACCUUCGACGAUGCUUUCUCUAUCCCCUUUUCGUGUUGUUCAAAAUAUUCAAACGAGGGAUGUGAUCCUUACGACCCUUCUUCAUCCACAAUUAACCAUCAAGGGUGCAUAACUGAAUUAGAAAAGAAAGCAAUAUUAUUACUUUGGAUAGAAAUAUCGUUAAGUGGAUCCUGCUUAAUUAUCGAGAUGGCAGUUUUCUUUUCUUUAAAGAGACCUAGCGAGCAAGACGAUUUACACUCAUCUUCAAGCACUCUAAAAACCAUCUACGUAAGAUCUAAAUGGGGUGAUUUUUCUAACACCACCGACAAAUACAAACAUGAUGAUGGUACCGAUACUAACAGUACAGCCCAACUGUGUCCUAGUCUGCAUUCAGAAGUAUACCUGUCUUAUAAAAAAUCUAGAGAAAACAAAAGGAUAAUGUGGAAUAAAUGAAAUAAAAAACGCAUGAUUAUUUCAUAUAAAAAAGUUUAAUCAGAUUCCAUAUUUAAAUAAACGAAUUUUCUUAGGCUUAUUUGUACACGUCUUAAUAUCUCUUAUUGGCAAGGGUUUCUAAUAACUAAUAACUUAAAAACUAUAAGGACAUGGCAGUUUACUACAGUAGAAAAAAAGGACGUUGAUGAAAGUGAUCAAACAAUGUUGUCUAUUUUUUUUCAAAAUGUGUUGAUUAGGUACAUAAUAUAAUAAUUAGCGAAAUAUAGUAUUUUAUUAUUGUUUUUAAGGUAUUUAAAUGGAAUAUUGGGUACCACUGUUACCGAUUUUUUUGAUAAUCUUACUAAGAUCGAAAUUUUUCUUCAUAAAUAUUAUCCAGCAUAUAAUUUAAGUCCUUAAUUUGUUGUGUUUCAAUAUUUAAAUUUAGUCAGUCAGAAGUGGAAGACUGCUUCUUUUCAAGGUAUCUGUCCCAAUAAUAAUACCAUUUACCUGUUACUCGACCGUUAACUUUGUGCCUCCUUAUACAACUGGAGACAAAGCUCUAGGUAUAAACUCCAAAUCUCGGCGCCCAAUGCAAAGAGUGGAGUUUUGUCAAUGCGUAAUUGAGGUUAUGGUCCAUGAGAUUCUAAAUUACCUCUACCGGGUUUUUACAAAAAAAAACAAAAAGUGAAACGGAAACUGAAAAUUUAGCAGGCGAUCAAAAACUAAGUACAAAUACAAAAAAUAUUUAGAAAUCUGUUUGAUAAUGGUAGAGAUACUCUCCGGUUUCCUUAAAAUUUUAGUAUGUUAUGGGUACUACCAUAUUUGCCAUGGUAAUCAAGAUUAUACAUACAUAUAUGUUGGGUAAGGAAAGCAUGUCUUCACCUACAUCUUUUUUCAAUUUUGAAUAAUCAAAAACUACCAUGACGUGUCAUCAAAAUUUCGCAAAUAUUUAACGAAAGAUUAGGUUGGGAG